UGAUUUCACUCUACUCCUCUCUCUCUCCUCUCUCUCUCUCCUCUGAAAAACCAGCUUCGCUUCUGGAUUUUUGGGUUUCAGGUAGACAAUGGCGGUUUACGUGAGAGCGAAGCGAGUCACAGACCCUCUCAACGACAAGGUCAAGGCAUGCCUCUCCGGCAGAGACCAUCGCCAAACCAGCUACAACAGCAGCGGCAGCGAGCAUUCUCCUUGCCUCUCAGACCUCAUCCAUGACUUCUUAGAAGCAGAAUCCAAUUCACCGAACUACGAAGAAUCAUCCGAUUCCGAACGAGAUUCCUCACUUCACGAACCGAUCGAUGUCAUCGAGAGCUUGCUUAACCCUCCCGGUGAUUCCGAUCCUUUUCGAAUCCACCUCCUCUCUGUUGUCUCCAAAGCAGUGAAGGCCUUCGCCUGUGAGAGAUCAAACUUGUUCGUUUUCCGGCGGAAAGUAAUGACGUAUCUGAGAGAUUCCGGUUACAAUGCGGCGAUCUGUAAAUCCAAAUGGGAUAGCUGCGCCGGAGUCACCGCAGGUACCUACGAGUUCAUCGACGUCAUCAGAUCUGACGCUGCGUGGCAGCAGAGGUAUAUCGUAGAUGCUGAGUUCUCUGGGGAGUUCGAGAUAGCUCGGCCGACGGUGAACUACGAGCGUUUGCUAAACGCGAUUCCGAAGGUUUACGUUGGAAGAACAGAGGAGCUGAAGCAGAUCAUAAGAUUAAUGGCGGAUGCGGCGAAGAGGUCACUGAAGGCGAGAGAGUUGUCUCUGCCUCCGUGGAGGAAGAACCGGUACAUGCAGACUAAGUGGUUUGGUCCGUACAAAAGGACUGUGAACCAGUGUCUAGCCACUGUUUCUUUUCCGGUGGAGCUCGAGAAGUUCGACGUGAAAUGCCGAUCCGUUGGAUUUGACGCCGUGAACGAUGGUUGCAACAGAUUCGUUUUUCCCCCGCCGGCGACUCGAACAAGAUAAUAU